AUGAAUGCUCUCGCCAAAUGGCUCUACGGACCUGCACCCGUCGAAUACAAGGUUCUCCUGAUUGGUGAUUAUGAAUGUGGCAAAACCACGUUUCUCGAUCGCCUGAAGUUCGAGCAGAUCCGAGAGCACCCGAAUCAUACCGUCAACGUCAAUGUCGAGACCGUGGUGUACCCAAAAGGCUACAAUUGGCACAUCUGGGAAAUAGGAGGUGAUCAAAAAUCUCGCCAGCUAGCGUGGCACCACCUCGCUCCAGCCACAUUGGUCAUCUAUCUUCAUGACUGUGGAAAUCCCGCCGAUCGAGUGCCAGUGUCCUUUUCUCAUUUACUGCAGGACAUGGCCAACAUCGGGGCAAAGUAUCUCUGGAUUGCCUUCAACAAGCAAGCUGACUGGGGGUUCAAGCAAGCGAGAAUCAAUACUCUUCGCCAAGAAUAUGAGAAGGAGCUUGAGAACUAUAGGGGCAGAAUUUCUGGAAAGGUACUCACUCACAGACUGGACGCCAAGUCCGCGGAAGGGGCAUUUAACGUACUAGAAGACAUGUUCGUUACAAUGAGAGACCCCAGAGACUAUUCCCGUCGACUUCCACCAUCUGGGCCUUCAAAGAAGGAUCUCGCUCUACAGAGGCUCGUUGAAAGGGAAAUUGCUCAGGACGAUAUGGAUCCCAGAGUCUUUUGGGAAUAUUUACAAAAUGGUGUUUUUAUUGACUGGAGUCAUUAUAACCUUAUAAAAGCUCUCUGCAUGGUUGUAUUGCAAUCAGUGGGUGAACACGCGAUUAACCCUUUACCAUCCGUGAGAAGCAGAGAAACUUGCUUUGAUAUUGCAAGUACCUUUGACAGGUAUAUGAACGUCCAGAGCAGGACGUCAUCUCGAUGGUUUGAAAAAACGCGACACAAGACCAUGGUCCUAUUCUGGAUUCUGCAAACACAUUAUGCCAUUCAAGAUUAUCGGAAGCAGAAGGGGAUGCGAGACUUUCCGGGCCUGAGGGGCUUUUAUGGGGUUCUGCGCCACUCCCCCAUACUCAUGGAUUCCGAGCUUUGGAAAGAGUAUUACUGGAGUAGCCAGUUCUGGUCUAGCUAUGCUACCAAAAAUUGGUUACCCCCGACCUUGAAGCCUCUCUCGUGGGUAUCAUUCAUGCCUGAUCGGUCAACUGACCUGGCCGCGGUUCAAGAGGACCCCGACCGACUGCUGCGAUACGCGUUUGGGAUUCUCCAGUACGUCUACAAAAGGGACUUGCAUAGAAUCGGCGUCACAGCGCGGGCACUUCUCGCCCUUGAGAGGAGUACGAUGCGCCUACGGAAAAGCUACCCUUUCAUAUCUUCGUACUCCGAAACACAAGCAUAUUUCUGGCUUCAGGUUGUGCAGAUUGCCCUACGAUCUCUAUAUAUGAUCUAUCCGCAAUCAGAAAAGGAGGUGAUUGGUUGCAUAAGUCCAGUCUCUCGUCUUCCGUUCAGCGGCUUCAAGGAGCUGGUCGAAAUCGAUAGUGAAAGCUGGAACCGGUGCUAUUCUCGAAAGGUAUGGGACAGCAUGGAAGCCCGUUCACAAUAUAUUUCCCCCGAUAUUCGGCCUCUGAACUCAUUGAUUAAAAAAUCUUGGAUUUCAAAUGACAAUCCAAUCUUUGUGCAACGAAUGAAAGCUCUUCUAACGGAGAUGAACCCCCCCGAACCUUCAGUCGAAGAGCUUUCUUUUCGCGCGACAUUCGUUCUGGAUUGCUCGCAGGAGCUUAAUGCAAGAAAUCCGGUGAUUGAAAACCAUAAACACCUGUUGCUAUUCUUAUAUACAAAUCUUGUUUCCGACAUAGAGUCCCAGAAUUCAGAGAAAGCCCCCUCGCUCCGGGCUCAACGCGCAAAAGAGCUCUUCUCGGGAGUAUCAGGUCCUCUGGUUCACGCACUCACCCACAAGAACUUCUGGUUUCAGCAAUUCUUGACGGCCCUCGACUUUGCAGAAAGUCGGAAAUCAGAAACAGACGCAAGCUCGGAUUUUUCGACGUUUGCGGGUUUCAUUAUGAACAGCCUGGAGCUCGUCAACGAGGACCUCCCAAUACAGUUUUAUAACCCGAAGAUCUGGCACAGCGAAAAGGCAAGGCAAACUAUAAUCGCCCCGGACAAGAGGGAAAUGACCAAUAUUCUAGAAUUGGUUGCUACGAAGUACGAGUUCCGCAAUCUCGUCUUUCUUUCUACAAAAUCCUCAGGCUCAAGCAACCUUCCAAGAAGUCAAUCCCACGAUUUAUUGGGCCUUUCGGGGUCCUUCAACGUAUUGGACAAUCAGUCUGCCUCCUUGCCCGCACAAGAUCAAUAG